GCGCUAGUUGUUAUUUCCUUGUUCCUUAUUGUAACUUAGGCCAUGCUUGUUAGGCCGCAGGGGCAGGUCCCGUAGAUUGCGUCGUUGUAUUGCACAGUUUUACAGUUCCUGUUCCUACUCGUAGCAGUGUUUGCAGUGUACAGAGUGAGUGUACGGGACCAGUGAAGUUGAAGCCACAGGCCUUUGUCGGCUCCUCUGUUUCCCGUUCUCCCAACCCAAGAACAGCUGCGGAAACAUGAGUUCCUUGGGGCUUCGGCUUGUCGGCUCACCAGCUAUAACUCAGGUUAGACUCGGGGCAACGUCAUCAUGGGGAUUGCAGCCAUCUCACAAAAAAUAUACCACAGCACAAGGUAAACCGAAGAAUAUAGUCCUAGUUGAUGGGGUGCGCACACCUUUUCUGCUCUCUGGAACCAAAUACAACAAUUUAAUGCCUCACGACCUCCAAAAGAUGGCAUUUCUGGCACUCUUGAGGCAAACUGGAGUACCAAAGGAGUCUGUUGAGUAUAUUGUAAGUGGCAGUGUGAUUGCGGAGCCAAGGACUUGCAACGUAGCACGGGAGGCUGCAUUGUGUGCAGGAUUCUCAGAUAGGACACCCUGCCAUACUGUGACGCAAGCUUGCAUUUCCUCCAACCAGGCAAUCACUUCAGCAAUGGGCUACAUUGCCCUCGGCAAUUACGACGUGUGCGUUGCUGGAGGUGUAGAGUUCCUUUCGGACGUGCCUAUACGUUUCAGUCGUGCUAUGCGCAAACUGAUGCUGAGUGCAAACAAGGCAAAAACCCCACUUCAGAAGGUCAAGCUGCUGGCAAAGUUCCGUCCUGGGAUGCUUGUGCCUGAGCUUCCAGCAGUGGCAGAAUUUACUUCUGGGGAGACGAUGGGCCACUCCGGUGACCGUUUGGCCGCUGCAUUUGGUGUGACCAGGAACGAACAGGAUGAAUAUGCACUGCGCUCUCACACCCUUGCCCAGAAGGCUACAAAGGAAGGUCUACUUUCUGACCUAGUGCCGAUCACCUUGCCUGGUGAUUCUUCUCCAAUCACUGAGGACAAUGGCAUCCGUGUGUCAACAUUGGCACAAAUGGCAAAACUCAAGCCAGCUUUUAUCAGACCCCAUGGCACAAUUACAGCUGCUAAUGCUUCGUUCUUGACAGAUGGAGCUUCAGCUGCACUCAUCAUGUCAGAAGAAAAGGCUCUGGCCAUGGGACUGAAGCCAAAAGCAUAUCUGCGAAAUUUUGUUUAUGUUGCACAAGAUCCCAAAGAUCAGCUUUUGCUUGGGCCGGCUUAUGCAACACCUGCUGUGCUACAGAAGGCUGGGCUGAAAAUGUCAGACGUUGACGUCUUCGAGUACCAUGAGGCUUUUGCUGGCCAAAUCCUUGCUAACAUGAAAGCCAUGGACUCUGAUUACUUCUGCAAGACCUACAUGGGCAGGCCAGGGAAGGUGGGUGCUCCUCCCAUGGAAAAACUAAACACUUGGGGUGGAUCCCUGUCCUUGGGGCACCCCUUUGCGGCAACAGGAGUUCGUCUGGUAACGACUGCUGCAAACCGUCUAAUUAAAGAUGGCAAGAAGUUUGCUCUGAUUGCUGCCUGUGCAGCUGGAGGCCAUGGACAUGCCAUGAUAGUGGAGAAGUACCCUAGUGCAUAAGAGAUGCUUCAAGGUAGAAGAAUCUGCGAGGUGUCCACAGGUGCCUUUUUCCAUGCUGCCACCUGUGUAUGUUUGCCUGGUGCUACAGUGACAUGUCUGAAUUAAAAUAAUUAUUUUCCCAA